CGGCUGCUCUGUCGACCUUGGCAAGACCCAGGCGGCGCGGUACUCGACCGGCCUCCCGGGGGAUGGGCCACCAAGAGCCCCCGCUGGCCCGAGUACGGGCGGGAGGUGCGGCUUAUAUAAACAGGUUAUGUAAAGGGCUCAGCUGGCGCGAACACGUGGAGAGCCGCGGGAGCCCGGACACCCGGUUCUCCCCCGCCAGCGCCGCUGCAACCCCCCGCGCGGCAGCAGGCUUCGGAGCACACUCGGCCCGGGCCGCCGCCUCUGGCGCCGCUCUGUACAGGAGGCAGCCCUGGCCGGGAGCGGACCAUCCCCAGCCCGGGACGCCAGGGGGGAAACGGGCCGCCCGGAAGUGGAGGGGCGCCGGCCAGGUCACAAUCCAAGGUCCCGCUCCUCCACGUCCCGGGGCCGGACGGAGGGAUGAGGCAGGGGGGACCCGGGCAGCGCCGUUGCUGCUCCCCCCGCCGCCCGCAGCCAUGGAAACGGGGGAGGAGGACGGCGCCCGCAGAGGUACACAAAGCCCCGAGCGGAAAAGGCGAAGCCCUGUGCCGCGGGCGCCCAGCGCGAAGCUGAGGCCGGCAGCGGCCCAGGCCAUGGAUCCGGUGGCAGCCGAGGCCCCGGGCGAGGCCUACCUGGCGCGGCGGCGGCCAGAGGGCGGCGGCGGGUCGGCGCGGCCGCGGUACAGCCUGUUGGCAGAGAUCGGGCGCGGCAGCUACGGCGUGGUUUACGAGGCAGUGGCCGGGCGCAGCGGGGCCCGGGUGGCGGUCAAGAAGAUCCGCUGCGACGCCCCCGAGAACGUGGAGCUGGCGCUGGCCGAAUUCUGGGCCCUGACCAGCCUCAAACGGCGCCACCAGAACGUCGUGCAGUUUGAGGAGUGCGUCCUGCAGCGCAACGGGCUAGCCCAGCGCAUGAGCCACGGCAACAAGAGCUCGCAGCUUUACCUGCGCCUGGUGGAGACCUCGCUCAAAGGAGAAAGGAUCCUGGGUUAUGCUGAGGAGCCCUGCUAUCUCUGGUUUGUCAUGGAGUUCUGUGAAGGUGGAGACCUGAAUCAGUACGUCCUGUCCCGGAGGCCGGACCCAGCUACCAACAAAAGCUUCAUGCUACAGCUCACGAGCGCCAUUGCCUUCCUGCACAAAAACCACAUCGUGCACAGGGACCUAAAGCCAGACAACAUCCUCAUCACGGAGCGGUCUGGCACCCCCAUCCUCAAGGUGGCAGACUUUGGACUAAGCAAGGUCUGUGCUGGGUUAGCCCCCCGAGGAAAAGAGGGCCAUCAAGACCACAAAAAUGUGAAUGUGAAUAAAUACUGGCUGUCCUCAGCCUGCGGCUCCGACUUCUACAUGGCCCCCGAAGUCUGGGAGGGACACUACACAGCCAAGGCCGACAUCUUUGCCCUGGGCAUUAUCAUCUGGGCAAUGAUAGAAAGAAUCACUUUUAUUGACUCUGAGACCAAGAAGGAGCUCCUGGGGACCUAUAUCAAACAGGGGACCGAAAUCGUCCCUGUUGGCGAGGCGCUGCUAGAAAACCCAAAGAUGGAGUUGCACAUCCCCCAGAAACGCAGGACUUCCAUGUCUGAGGGGAUCAAGCAGCUCUUGAAAGAUAUGUUAGCUGCUAACCCACAGGACCGGCCUGAUGCCUUUGAACUUGAAACCAGAAUGGACCAGGUCACAUGUGCUGCUUAAAAUUCAGGGCAAAGCAUCUUGAGUGUUUUGAAACUAGGUUGAUCCUCGGGACCCACAGUCUCAUCACGUCUCACACAGAGGACGGCAAAGCAUGCAGGCGGCGGCUUGGUCGGUUGGCGAUCUCCCAACAGCUGGAUCUCCGACAAUGUGAAGCUUUUGUUUGGGAUUUCCCCCCUCCUUUUAGUUUCGCUUCAUUUUUUUUUUAAUCUUAUUUCAUUUUUUGUCCUUUUUUUCUUUUUUCUUUUUUCUUUUUUUUUUUUUUUAAUUUAAACGAUUAAGACUUCAGAAGAGCAAGAAACUAAUGCUGUGGAGAAACGACACGGACAAAGCAUAUGUGUAAAUUUCAUUUUUAAUUUUUAUAAGGGGUUAGGGAGCUAUUUUGUUUUGUUCCUUUAUUUUCCCUCUGUCUUCUUGGUUUUACCCAUCCCCCGGUUCUGCUUCCAACACCUCACUUCCUCAGAGCGGGGCGGGGGGGUCGGUCCCACCACGGGGGCGUGAAGACAGGAGGCGGCCCGCGGGCUGUCCUUCCGUGUCCCCCACCAGACGCGGGCACUGCCGUGCUGCUCCUCGCUCGCCCUCGGGCCUUAGAAAUGAUCAGAGGCGAAGAACCACCUGGAAGAGGAAGACAGGGUUUGGCCAGGAGAACUCAAGAAAGUCCAACCUGCGGGUUUGUUCUCUUUCGGCUUCUGGAAACUCUGGGCCACGCCAGGACACGCAGUGGUGGGAGUCCGCGGGUGGCGGGGGCAGGCGGGGGGAUCGAGGUGACUCCGCCCCCUCCUCCCUCCCCCAGCUUCCUAUCGGUUGAGUGUCAGCCCCGCCCAGCUCGACAAGCCUACCUUUCUGUUAUCGGGUCUCCCUCCCUGAGGAAGACCCCCCCCCACCCCGCCCCAGGAAAAAACUAUUGUGCCAAACCUCUACCUGGGACACGGCCGGGUCUUCCGCAGGCGGCUGUCACUCCUGUGAGGUCAGCGCCCGUCACCUCCUGCCUCCUGGAUCGUCCCCUUCCCACAUGUGCCCGCCAAACGUCCCCGUUGUCACAGAGACUGCCUGAGUCCCUGAGAUCCCGUUGUGACCAUUGCCAUAAGAACAGGGUGUCCUGAACUGCCUGCCACUGUCCUCUCCCCGUGAAGGGUGUGCCCCGCGUGUGGGCCUGUGGUAUCAUGGCCAGAGACAGGGUCAGGUGCCGUCUUCCUCACCCCUAGGGACUUACUGUUAGGUGUCCCCACUCAGCGUAAGCGUGUCUGGUGAGGAAAGAAGGGACCUGCCGAGAGCAGAGAAGGGGACGGGGUAGACCCCCUGCGGCUGUCAGGUGCCCGUUUGUGACCUGCCACCUUAAAGCUUCCCCAGCGCCACCCCGUGGACCUCACCACCAGUGUCUGCUCGGGCUGUGGUCUGUCUGGCCGUCCAUGCUCUCUGGCAGUGCUCUCGCAGCUCCCUCCUCUCGGGCUUCUGAACCCUGGCAGGGGCACGGGGACUGGCCUUGUGUGGUCCCUGUCACCCAGAAGCUGCUGGGGCCACUUCAGAGGCUUUUCACCCCCUAACGGCCAAGCAGGAAAGGGUGUUGGGGGAAGGGGAAAGGAAUUGUCUCACGUUUGUUUUCUGUUCUCUCUAAACCAGCAUAGGAUCGAUAGGGGGAGGUAGUUGGAGGGCAUUCGGGUUGGUGUGUGACCAAGGUGGGGGUCCCCCCCCCCCAGACCCCAAAGCAGCCGUCCUUUGGCCCCGGGAGUUUGGGAGAGACCCACACAACGCCACCCCCCAGACUGCAACCCCGCAACACAUUUCGUACUGCUCCCCAUGCCCCCCCCCCCCGCCCCGAGCAGGUGGUUGGCAGCUGGGAGCAGGGCUGCAGGUGCGAGCCGGGCCCUUCCCUUCCUGGUGAGACCCGUUGUGCCCACCUGCCUCCUGUCUCCUCUCGGGCGCCUUGGGGUUGGGCAGCGCAGUGUCCCUAAUUACAGCACACUCCCCUUCUCUGCCUGUCGCCCGGCCCCCACGUCCCCUCGGGGGGCUGCUGUCUCUGUAUGUGAACGGAUGGGAAAAACAGUCCCCGAACUCGACCCCAGCCCUCCCUGCCUGCGGCCCCUGCCCUCAAGUCCCUGGUGAAGGCUCAGGCCUAACAAGGUAUUUACCUUUUGCUCGACUUUUCCCCCUCUCUCCCCAGGUCCCUUCCCUCCAUCUGGGCGAGGUCUUGGAGCUGCCGCAGUCCCCCUUUGUUACUUCUCUUGGCAUCAGAGUAGCCCCUGUAGGUCCCAGGGUGUCUGUGCCCUUGGACAAGGCAGGUGGCCUGGUAGGGAUAGCCGGCUUCUGCGUGCCCUUCCCUCGCAGAACUCAGCUGAUCCUUGCUUGGUGGCGGGGCCUCCUUCCCUGGCUCAGGAUGGCCCGCUCGUUAGCCCCAAGUGCCUGCCUCUCCACCCCGAAGAGAGCGCCGGCUCUGCCCGCGGCCAGUGGACCAGCUUAGGGUUGGACCCGAGGAGCCCCAUCCUCUUCCUCGGCCACCUUCCCCCUUUUCCCCCCUCCCCCACCCGUCAGCUUCCUGCCUUUU